AUGGUCGUCGUCCACUGGAUUGAUCUCAAGAAUACUUGGACAGAGCCAGCAGAUCCCUCCUUCCUCCACUCCCUCUCCUGCAUCCCCCCUUCCGAACGCGUCGCCGUCUCCAAAUUCCAUUUCCGUCGCGACGCGUCCACUCACCUCGCGUCCCUCAUCCUCCAGCAUUCGACCAUCGCCCGUCUCGCAAACAUCCCCUACCCAAAAACCCACAUCCGUCGCUCCGAACAUGGCCGGCCAUAUCCUUCUAUUAUCAAUCCACCAUUUGACUACAACGUCUCCCACCACGGCUCCUGCGUCGCAAUCGGCGUCCGCGACUCCCCUCCUCUCCGCAUCGGCAUCGACCUAGUCGACCUCUCCUCCGCCGGCCCCGCCGACGUCAACGACUUCCGCGACGUCUUUGCCCCCCAAGAAUGCUCUGCCAUCUCCCGCUCUCACUCCCCCCGCGUUCUCUUCUCAUACUGGGCCCUCAAGGAAGCAUACACAAAAGCCCUCGGUCUCGGCCUCGUGACCGAAAACCUGCAAUCCAUCGUCUUCUCCAACGUCCCGCCCAUCGACUUUUCCUCCAAUCCCUACUCCGCCGCCAUAACCUGCUCCGUCGAUAACAUCCCGCUCAAUUGGCGCUUUGAACUCUUUGCUCUCUCCGAGAGCCUGUUACUCGCUGUCGCUACCCCUGCUGAUAAUCUCGAGUUUGACAAACCCACGUCUGUCUCCCGGAUCACCCUAUCUGACCUCCUUCAACUUGCUCAACCUUUCCCACACGACCACUGA